GCGUGUCGUCGGUGCACGCGUUCAGAGCGCACUCGGAGCGGACUGCGAUGUGUCGGACUGGGAUGUGAGAGAGCCUGAGGAUCUGAUCAUGGGUCAUCACCAGCAGCGGCAGCAGCAGCUUCGUCCUUCGCAGGGACGGAUUUGGAGAAGGCACUGAGUCAAAGCCUGCGUUCUUAUCCGUCUGAGGGAACUUAUUUGAUGUUAAACCGUGUGGAAUGGAGGUCCAAACUUUCGUUCUGCUCGUCCUCGGCGGGAACAUUUUCACCAGGGCCAUGCUGAGUGACAUCGGGGACUAUGUAGGUACAGACAUUGAAAUAUCCUGGUUACCUAAUCUCGAUGAUUUAAUGAAGGGUUAUGCCAGAAAUUUUCGCCCUGGGAUAGGAGGACCGCCAGUCAACGUGGCCAUGGCUAUUGAAGUGGCUAGUAUUGACCACAUCUCCGAAGCCAACAUGGAGUACACUAUGACGGUGUUCCUGCGGCAGAGCUGGCACGAUGACCGCCUGUCCUACAACCACACUAACAAGACACUGGGCCUGGAUAGCCGCUUUGUGGAUAAACUCUGGCUGCCCGACACCUUCAUCGUUAAUGCCAAAUCUGCUUGGUUUCAUGACGUUACUGUAGAGAACAAGUUGAUCCGCCUACAGCCCAACGGAGUCAUUCUGUACAGCAGCCGAAUCACUUCGACGGUGGCGUGUGAUAUGGACCUAACCAAAUACCCUAUGGAUGAACAGGAGUGUAUGCUGGACCUGGAAAGCUAUGGUUACUCAUCAGAGGACAUCGUGUAUCACUGGUCAGACAGUCAGAGACACAUUCACGGUCUGGACAAGUUGGAGCUGUCCCAGUUCACCAUCACAGAUUAUCGAUUUGUCACUGAGAUAAUGAACUUUAAAUCUGCGGGGCGUUUUCCAAGACUAAGCCUUCGCUUUCAGCUGAGACGUAAUCGAGGAGUCUACAUCAUCCAGUCGUACAUGCCUUCAAUAUUACUAGUCGCAAUGUCCUGGGUGUCCUUUUGGAUCAGCCAGUCAGCAGUCCCUGCUCGUGUAUCCCUGGGGAUCACUACUGUACUCACCAUGACCACGCUGAUGGUGAGCGCCCGCUCCUCACUGCCCCGGGCGUCGGCUAUCAAGGCGUUAGACGUCUACUUCUGGAUCUGUUACGUGUUUGUGUUUGCAGCACUCAUUGAGUACGCCUUUGCUCAUUACAACGCUGACUACCGCCUCAAAGAGAAGGCCAAGGUGAAGGCUAACAAGCUCACAACCGAGUCCAUAGUGAAGAACGGCAAACAGGCCAUGGUUCUGUUUUCUCUGUCUGUCGCCGGUAUGAACCAGGGUGUGGUGAUUUCCAACCGCCAUGAUCGGGCUCAGCGUUCCAGCAGUGAGAUUCCCAGGGAGGGCCACGCUGAGGAGGUGGAGCCAAGGAGAGAACAUCUCAGCAUGGAGGAGAGCGAGGAGGAGAGGAAAUGCUGCUCUAAGUGCGUCUGCAAGCCCAUUGAUGCUGACACCAUUGACAUCUACGCCAGGGCAGUGUUUCCUUUCAUCGCUGUGGUGAAUGUGAUCUACUGGGUGGCAUACACCAUGUGA